AUGUUUGGUCAUAAAUAUGAACAAAAAAUAAUGAAGAUACCUUUGUCAGAUAACACUGUUUCUCGUCGGAUUUGUGCUUUGUCGGAAAAUAUUGAAAAAAGUGUCUCAUUUUCUAUUAAAGAAACUCGAUUUUCAUUACAACUUGACGAAGCCACUGAUAUUUCGGGAAUGGCACAUUUGUUGGCAUAUAUACGAUUUGUUUAUUCUGGGAAAAUUACAGAACAAUUCUUGUUUUGCAAGCCUCUUUUAACUACUACUCGAGCAAUUGAUAUGUUCACGAUAUUAAACGAUUAUUUCAAUAUCAAUAAUAUUUCAUUUGCCAAUUGUAUUGGUAUAUGUACAGAUGGAGCCCCGUACAUGUCUGGUCGUAUUAAUGGACUUGUUUCAUUAGUUGAAUCUAAAAAUAAUAAGAUAAUAUCAUCACAUUGUUUUUUGCAUCGAGAAGUAUUGGUUGUAAAAACAUUACCUAUGAAUUUAAAAUCUGUCUUGGAUGAUAUUAUCCGAAUGAUUAAUGAUAUAAAAAGUCGACCCAAAAAAUCUCGCAUUUUUACUACUAUUUGUGAUGAAAUGGGGUCAAACUUUACAAAUUUGUUACUUCAUACCGAAAUUCGAUGGCUAUCAAGGGGUAAAGCAUCAACGAGGGUUUUUGAAGUAAAGGACGAAAUGUAUGAGUUUUUUAAAUUGGAGGGACAUUCUGAAUUUGUUGAAAAAAUUCAGAAUCCAAUUUGGUCUUUAAAACUUGCGUAUUUAUCUGACAUUUUACAAAUAUUAAACGAGGUUAAUGCAAGUAUGCAAGGACGUUCUGAGACUAUUUUAUCGUCGACGGACAAAUUAAAUUCUUUGAAAAUGAAAAUCAGUUUUUGGAGAAAAAGGGUUUUAGAUGGCGAUUAUAGUAUGUUUCCUAAUACAAAUGGUUAG